UGAACAUAAAAAUGCAUCACAAAUACCACUGACUGGUGCUAAUGGUUGAAAUGAGGAGUCCUUGGGGCUCUCUGAGCUGGGCUGUUUCCUUGCAAACCUUUCGUUACCCAACAUCGGUAACGCUGAAGUAGGAGUUUUUUGCAGAUGUUUCGUCACCAAACUAGGUAACCUCAUCAGCGCCAGAAGGGAGUGGGGUGUGUGGAGAAACUUUUCGUUACCCAACCUGGGUAAUGCUUUCCCUGGGUGCCUUCACAAUUUGCAAAGCUGCCCUUUUCCUUUUCCUCUUUAAACUGGCGCUCUCUUCUCUUGCAGUUCACUGAUGAAAUGGAGCUGGGGGCGACUUCUUUCCGCGUCGAAUUCCCCGAUUUCUGCAACACCGUCCUGCAGAAGCUCAACCAGCAGCGCCAGCAAGGCCAGCUCUGCGAUGUGUCUAUCGUGGUCCAGGGUCAUCUUUUCCGAGCCCACAAAGCCGUCCUGGCUGCCAGCUCCCCUUAUUUUUGCGAUCAGGUGCUCCUGAAGAACAGUCGACGGAUUGUCCUUCCCGACGUCAUGAAUCCCAGGGUCUUCGAGAAUAUCCUCCUGUCGACCUACACUGGCCGACUCGUCAUGCCCGCUCCGGAAAUCGUUAGCUACUUGACGGCGGCCAGUUUCCUUCAGAUGUGGCACGUGGUGGACAAGUGCACGGAGGUGUUGGAAGGAAACCCUUCGGUCCUUUGUCAAAAGCUGAACCGAACCAGCGACCACCAGUCUCCGAGCAGUAGUAACUACAACGGCCUGGCGGAAAGCUUUGAGCUGGGGGCCGCGGGCCAGUCGGAUUUCCACAAAGCGCAGGAACUGAGGGAUGGGGAAAACGAAGAGGAGAGCUCCAAGGAUGAGCUGUUGUCCCAACUGACCGAACACGAGUAUCUCCCUAGCAAUUCCUCUACAGAACAUGACCGGUUGAGCACUGGAAUGACCAGCCAGGAUGGAGAAGAAGGCAUCAGUGACAGUACUGAUUAUCAAUACGCCCGGCCUCUUUACAGUAAGCCCAGCAUUAUGUCUCACAAACGGUGGAUCCACGUCAAAACAGAAAGGUUUGUUCAAGACUGCGAAGGGGUCGAAAUGCACGGCUCCUACGACGAGCACCAUGUCUCCGAGUCGGUGAACGCCGUUCAGCCGGAUCACCCCGUUCAGACCAGCAUUGUGGAAGAUCUCCCGGUCAACGAUAGGAAGGUGGAAGUGGAAUUUGGGAACCCGGCCAACGAAGGCAACUACGACGAGCAAGUUGACUUCUACGGCUCCUCCAUGGAAGAGUUUUCUGGGGAAAGGAACGAUAGGCCUCUAAGCCUCCAGAGACCGGAGGCUUCGGGUUACGGAGAAAGCUUAGAUCUUCCCUCGGGGAUCAAGGAAGAAAACGCCCUCGCUGGCUUUUCUACCGCCGACAAACUUUACCCCUGCCAGUGUGGCAAGAGCUUUACCCACAAAAGCCAGAGGGACCGUCACAUGGGUAUGCACCUCGGACUCCGGCCAUACGGCUGCGGGGUGUGCGGUAAGAAAUUCAAAAUGAAGCACCACCUGGUGGGCCAUAUGAAAAUCCACACCGGCAUUAAACCGUACGAGUGCAACAUUUGCGGGAAAAGGUUCAUGUGGAGAGACAGUUUCCACCGGCACGUCACCUCCUGCACCAAAUCAUACCAAGCCUGCAAAAUGGAACAGAAUGCUGCUAAGAUGAACUAGAAGCGGACGGGAGUGGGGGGGAGGGAAGAGAUCGAAAGGGAAUCGAACGGCUUAAUCGGACGAGCGAUUGUGUCGCACGGCCUCAAUCUGAUCAAGCGGAACGGAACAUGGCGUCCCGCGGCCUCGUGCCUGAGGCCUUUGCUGCUUUUGAGGUGGUGGGUUCCAAAUAAACUCGGCCAGGACCCUCUCUUAAGGCGUCCCUGCCCUGAGACGGCAAAGAGGCCAGCAAGUUGGCAUAACGGUACUUUUUAACCUACUUAUAAUUUACCGCUAUUUCAUUCGUGCUUCGGGAACAUUUGGGUUCUCUCCGGAAGGAAUGCCGAGAGUGCUUCUUGCUUUGAAUUCAUCUCAAGAGAAUUUUGCUCGAUAUUUUAAGGUUCGGCGGGAACGUAUGUGAGAUGAGGCUCCCGGCGGGGUGGCGGUUUCCUUUGAUGGCGCUCCCCGGUUAGCGGCCUUUGAAUUUAAGCUAGUAAAGUAAGAGGCGUGAGCGCUUGCUGGCUGAGAACCAAAGGGUCAGCGAGCGGGUUAAUUUUUCCUCCUUUUCUCCAAAAGCAUAUCGCUAGAUAAUUUUCAAGUGCGAGACUAUUAUUAUUAUAAUCAAAUUAUUAUUAUUAUCCUCCAAUUUAUUUGCCACCCAUCUCGCGGUUCGAGGCGACUCUGAGCAAGAGGGAGAAGUUCUGCCCAAUUUCUGAGCUUCGAGGUCUGUCCAGCUUCUGAGUUGCAUUGAUUGGCGGCUCUUGUUUGUCUUGGCAAGCAGCACCUGUUAGUUUUGUGGUUUUUUUAUGUGAUACACGGCGAUGGACACUUUAAAACCUCACUUUCUCGUCCUUCCCUUGUGCCUCUAAUGCAAUAGUCAAUCAAGCCAGCCUCUUUUUUUUUUUUUGACUGGGCAUUUAUGUCUGUUCCCCAACAAGGAGGAAAGUGCCCCCCUCCUUUAGCGCAAGUCAUUUUUUCGAGUCUAUAUUUUCAUUAGUCUGCUCCAAAACCAGAAAGCAAAUCAUCUUUGGAGGUUUGCGGUCUGUUUGUAGUAGCCUCCAUAUUAACUCAAGAUUCAUUAGUAACCAGGUUAUAGAACCUGUUUUAAACUACAGUUCCUUCCAGUGGUUGAGAAAUAAAUAGCAUCCUUAAAGCUAUGCCCAUAUUCGGGGAAUUCUUCUGAGUUUCUAAACCUGAUACUUCUCCUACACAAUGGAUGCAUUUUUUUUUUUUUAGCUGCAGAUUAAUUUCGUAAUUCCGAAGUGGCUCUAGAUCAUUCGUAAAGAAUUAAGGUUCUUUCUCAGCGUCAGCCAUUGUUUAGAAGUGAGGCAUUCAUUGUGUUCCAAUAUCUCAGGGGCUGCCCCAAAGAAAGUUAGAAUGGUUAACACAUUUGUGUUACAUCUCAUCUGUGUCUUUCCUUGGCUAGAAUUACUAUCCUGUAUUCUUAAUCCAAGUUUCCACUUGUAAACCUUGGAAGCAAAGUCAACCUGCGCUCCUUGUUUAGGUUGGGAGUUUCUCAACCGCUUUUAAGAUGGGUGGACUUCAACUCCCAGAAUUCCCGUGUUGGUUGGGGGAUGCUGGGAGUUGGAAGCCCGCUCGUCUUAGAAUGCAGAAUAACAGAGUUAAAAGGGGUUCCAAGGUUCGGAAAUAACAGCCUAGGUAGAUUCACAAAAACAAACAAAAAAAGCAAGCAUUUUUGAGAUGGGCUGUCCUCUUUUCUUCGAUUGCUGAAAUGAUCUUUUCAGCUGAUGUCUAAGAUACGAGUGACUUGGUAUAAGGCAGUGAUGGCUAACCUUUUUGCCGUCGCGUGCCAAAAGUGGGGGGGCGUGGGGGGGUCAUGCGUGUGUGUGCCCACACCCAUGUGCCCUGCCCCCCCCCAUACGCCCACCGCUUGUGGCACGUGAUGGCACAGUGGGACAGGUAGGCCCAUUUUUCGCCCUCCCCAGGCUCCAGAGGCUUUUUUGGAGCCUAGGGAGGGUGAAAACAGCCUUCCCCACCCCCUGGAGGCUGGAAACGGACAGUUUCCUGAGUUCCGAUGGGACCGGAAGGCCCAUUUUUUCACCCUCCCCAGGCUCCAGAGGCUUUCUAGGAACCUGGGGAGGGCGAAAAGGGCCUUCCCCACCCCCUGGAGGCCCUCCAGAGGCAGGAAACAGCCAGUUUCCCAACUUCCGGUGGGACUGGAAGGCCCAAAAAUCAGCUGGCUGGCACGCGCUGGAACUGAGCUAGGGAAACGCUCGUGUGCCCACAGAUACGGCUCUGCUUGCCACCUGUGGCAGGCAUGCCAUAGGUGUAUAAAGGUAGCACUGUAACCUGAGCUGCUCUCUUAAUUAAAUACGCCCCCCCUCCCCGUCUUAAAUACGUUAAAACCCGUCAAGCGUUGAGGUUCCUUUGUCGCUUCCUUCUCUCUCCCCCACGGAUAAUCUUUCAAUGUCUCCACUAAGGCACUUCUUCAGCUGACCACAGGCACUUACAAACAGUCAACAUCGAGCGUCCACCCCGAACUCGGCCAUAACCUUUCGUUAGAAGUGGCUGCCACUGACUUGAACCCUUAUCAAACACGUUAACUCAGCAGGGAUCUUUUUUGCCAACACUGUAACUUGCUAAUGUACAGAAGCACUUUGUAUUUAAAGCAAAACAAAACAAAAAAAAAGUAUAAUAUUUUUAAAACGUGGAUAUAUAUACAAGAACGUGUGUAUAUAGAUAUAUAGAUAUAUAUAUUCAUAUUCCCUCUGGUUUAAUUUUUAAUUCAUGUCGUUCGGUCUGGUUUUUUUCUUAUUUCUUGUUUGAAAUUUUAUAAGGACGAGAAGUUUUUUGUUUACAUAAGGAUGGGUACUGGGUGGGUGGGUCGUGUGGAGGAAAAGUAAGAUCCUAAGGAUCUGGGUUUUUUUUAGUUUUGUUUCCAAAAUCAAACCGAAGCAAAAAAUAUUAAUAAUAAUAAUAAUGUCACUGCCUUAGAAUGUUCUGGAGGCCUUUUCUCUGGGAAAGUUACCGUAUUUUUCGGAGUAUAAGACGCACCUUUCCCCCCAAAAGGGGGUGAAAAUUUAGGUGCGUCUUAUACACCGAAUGUAGCCCCGCCCGCCCACUGGCCCCUACCCUUUGGCCUCUGCCUCCCAGCAGUUUUCCUCCUUGCAAGCAAACAGCAAGAAGAAACAGCUCCUUUCAUCUUCAGCACAGCUUAAUUAGCACAAGUUGAUUGGAUCGGUCUCCCGACUCUCAGCUGAUUUGCUCUUUAUAGUCCGGUGUGUCUUAUACUCCGAAAAAUACGGUAGUUCCUGCACAAUUGGAAGGCAAUCAAGACAGGUCAAAAUGCCAGAGGUUUAGUCCAUGGGGAUGUGACUUAAUGUAGGAAGGAAUUGUGUACUAGCCUAAUGUUUCUCUUGGCAAGAAGUUGACAGUGGGAACCAGACACAGUUCCUGGAAGAAACCAGGAUUCUGGAGGUGUAGGGACCACGCUCAUGUUGUGCCAAAGAUGUUUUUCAAAAGGCAACUGGAUUUCCUUGGUUUUUUCUUUUUUUUUUUCUUUUCGCUUUGAUCCUAACACUUUUGGCCUAACACUUUUUAAAAUGUUUUUAAUUGUCUGUUAUUGUUUUUAAUCAUGGGGCCAAAUUUAUAUAUAUAUAUAUCUUUUUAAUUGUAUUUUAAUGUUUGUAGUUUAUGUUUUUACUUGGCUGUUCACUGCCCUGAGUCCUCAGGGAGAAGGGCGGUAUACAAAUUUAAAAAUAAAAUAAAAUAAAUCCUAGAAGCUUCUGGGAUGAGAACUGAAGAAGCUUCUUGGAUGAGAAGCAGAAGGUUUUCAGUGGGGGAAAAAAAUCCAAGAAACAGUUGCCUUUUGAAAAAAAAACAAAACACCUUUGGGAUACGCUUGUGCACUUUUAACAUGUUGCUAACAUGCCGAGUAGCUUCAGAUAGGAACAGAGGCACAGUUCUUCAUUGUUUUCAGCGUGGAAUAAAACUAAAUAAAUAUUUGUCGUCUGCCGGCUCCAGGCAGAAUUAAUGUGCAAUUCAUAGCCCUCUCCUCCUCCUUUAGGAGAGGAUCCAGAUGGCAGUUGCAAUUAAGGAAAAGUAGAUAAAACGCCCGGAGUAUAGAAAUAGGUUAUUUCCACUUUAGGCUAGGAUUCUGUGCGUGGUAAGGGAAUAAGCAGUACGUAUGCCCUCUCUUGUGCUGUGCUAAAUUCCAUCUGUACAUCUCCGUGAGUGACUCUUGUCUUGCAACCAAUCCAGAGGACAUAUGUCACCUAUGCAGAGGCCAGCGUGGUUUUGUGUGAUAAUAGUACAUUUGGUAUUAUUCAAAUAGUACAUUUGAACCCAUCUUGCUAACACAACUAAACACUUUCCUUUUGACGAGGAAGGAAACCCUCCACAAAUUCUCACCUGCAGUUCCUUUUUGCAAUCGUCAUUUUCUUUCGGAUAUCUGCUGCUAAACGGGGGGUAAUCUUUUCCCUUCCAUUCUGGUGCAAUUUGGAUAGUAAGCAAUUUGGAUUGCUUUCCUGCUUACCUGCAAAGGCAAAACUGCUGGGUUUGGGAAAUCUAUUCUUAUUUCUAAUCCUUAAAGGAUUUUAGAGGUAUUAACCACAGACACCCACUCAUCCAUCCCUAACGCGGCAUGUUUCACGAAUCUGAGACUGUAAAUAGGAGCUUGUAAAAAAUUCACCAUUUGGCCUCUUUGUUUGUUUUUAAAAGGGCAUCUGUGUUAAAUGUGUUUUUGGGCAGAUGAUAUUUCUAAACCCGAGAGUCUAUUUUUUUAAAGAAAGUUACUUGUUUUAUUUAGGAUAGUGGAAUACUAAAAAAAAAAGCAUUCGGAAAGAAUUUGUGCUUUUUUUUUUAAAUAAUUCAGCUAUGGAUGAGUAGAAUUGAAGAGUUUAGCUGCUAAGCCCCAAGGGGGAAGAAGGAGAGUUGGAGGAUUUAAAAUGUAUAUUAACAUUUUUGAUGUGUUACAUUGACAUGAUUCUCCUUUGCUUGAAGCCUGCAUCCUAAGUUGAUUAUUGCUGCUUUUCCCCCCUCCUCUAUAUCUCCCCUUCUGGUUUUCCUCCAUAUUUCUAGAAUAAAUGUGAUUGGAAGGGUUUUUUUUUUUUUGGCAAACAAGUAAACCUCCUCCAUUUCACUACAAACAUUUGCCCGUUAAGCAUUGUCAAUUAUAAUAUUUAGAACUGAUCUGUGAAACUGCUAUGUACUAUAUCGCAAAGGUGGGAGGUAAUAAUUCUGCUGUCCUUUUAUCAUGUACAGCGUGGUUUAUGUGAGAUUCCUGUUUCUUUGUUUUCUUCUUAUAGAAGAGUCUGUUGCUCUUUUUGUAUAACAUGUUUUAAUAAAUGUUAUCGGCAUUUUG